ACGUCCGUCUUCCUUGUUCAAGAAAAAGAGAAAAAAUGGCGACUAUAAGAAUAAUCCAGUCCAGAUCGUAAGGGUUUUGUUCAAUCAUGGCUUUAAUGGAUCUAUAGACUUUGAUUCACUGAUAAUCCAAUGGCGAAUCGUCACCGGAGACGGUUUUUAUCAUCGGAUACCUACUGCUACGAUUGCGAUUUCUCUCCACCGCCGUUCUCCGAUUCCGAUUCAUCUUCUCCACCGCACCCGCCAUCUCCAUCUCCAUCUCCAUCACCAUCUCCUUCGCUGCAGUCAUCUCCUUACUAUUAUCCUCAUCCUCCUCCUCCUCCGGUAUCUCAUACAUUUAAAGUCAGCAAAUCUUCUAAAAACAUCACACUCAUCGUUGUGCUAUUUCUGUGCGCUCUCGCCAUCGCUUUCCUAUUCCUCAGCUAUCUUACAGUCAGGAAACAGAGGAAUUCAAGGAAUAUCUCUAGAAGAAGAAGGAGAACGACAAGAAAUGAGGAGAUUGAAAAUCCGGCGAAUCUGGAUCUGGAUCUUCUAAACGAUGAUCAGAGUCCGGUAAUAGAUCAUCCUAUUUGGUAUAUACGUACGGUUGGGUUACAGAAAUCUGUUAUUGAUUCAAUUACUAUUUUCAAGUAUAAAAGAGGGGAGAGUCUGAUUGAAGGUGCAGAUUGCUCUGUUUGUCUUAGCGAGUUUGAAGAAGAUGAAACGUUAAGGCUUCUUCCGAAGUGUAGCCAUGCGUUUCAUAUUCAUUGUAUUGAUACUUGGCUUUCUUCUCAUCAGAAUUGUCCUCUUUGUCGAGCUCCAAUCGUAUCAUCGUUAUCGGUAUCGGAUUCCCCCAAUACCAAUAGCACCGUGAUCACGAUUAGCGAUCAAGCUCAAUUGGAUGAUGCUGCCGUUGUCACGGUGCAUCCAGAUCCGGAGAGCCUGAUGAACAGUCACAGUCAACGGGUUGACCAUGUUGUUCCUGAUGAAAUCAAUGUGAGAUUAGCUGUAGAUCAAUUUUCAGUUGAAGAAGAAGAUCAAGAUAGGGUCUCUGGAGUUCUCUAUCACAAGGAGGAGGAUCAUCUUACACAGGGGAGGAACAGCGGGGGAGGAGGAACGCGAGUAAUGAGUGAUUUAGGAGAUCAUCGCAGGUCGGUACUGAAGGAAGAAGAAGAAGAGGGAUCAGAAGGCACGGGGAGGAGAUCAGUUUCCUUGGAUGCAUCAUCUGCUGCUUAUUUAACCUCGAGUUUCCUAACCAUCGCGAAAGCUGGUGGUGAAGGUUGCUCGAGUAAUCAUGAACCAACUUCAGCAGCAGCAGCAUUGAAGAAUAACAAUAAGAAAAAGACGAAAACAAACUCCCUGAUGGAUGGUAAUCAAGAUGGGGAUAAGAUUAUGACUUCAAGAGUGACAAAAACUUACUCUUUUGGGAGAUUUUUGCAAAGAGGGUCUUCUGUUCAUGAUACAGAUUUGAAGAGAUCAUCUGCAUCUUCAUCUGCAUCUUCAUCAGGUGGCUUCUUCUCUUUGUCAUCAAAACAUUGAUCGAUUGAUAUUUCACAUUCUGUUUUAUGGUAGUCAUGAUUCAUGGCUAAACAAUUAAGCCAUGUUCUUCUGUUUUGCAUCUUAUAGAAGCCAUCCAUAUAUUAAUUAUGUGUAUAAAAGAAGAGUCUUUGUAUGAUGGUUCAAUAUGCAAUUUUAGUAAUCAAUAUAUAUCAGCUUGUUUGGCAU